AUGUCAUCACAGACCACAGCCUUUCCAUGGAAUCGACUCCCUCGGGAGCUUCGACUCAUGAUCAUGGAAGAGCUGUCGGAUCUGGUUCCAAGUGCCGGACGAAAUCCCCUAUCAUGCUGGGCCAGUGUGUCAAUUGAAUGGUACCUCUACUUCACUCCGCUCAUCUGGCAUACAAUCACCCUUCAGGUUUCCGCUGCAAACUCAGACAUCGAUGAAUUCAACCAGCUUGCUGUCUUCCACCGAAAAAAGCUAGUUGUGAACAUCUCACUUCACAUGAGCCUGCAAGAGUACACCUGUCAGGAAUGCGGUCAAGUAGAGAGCGCAGAGACAAUCGAGGCAAACAACCUGACAUUCUCCAACGGUCUGAAAAGCCUCUUCUGUGCACUCUCCAGCUGGACCAGAGACCCUUCAACACCCGGCGUUGCGCUUGAAUUGAGUGCCAGCUCACCGAGCGAUUCAAAACACCUCAAGCUGGAUCUAGUGGAACACAAACGUGAGCUUGCCAACCAGUCGCCUGGACACUUGAUAUCCAACGCCAAGAAGCGCUUGCUAGGCCAGCUACUCGAUUUUGAGUUCAAGAUGACCGACCUGCCCAAGGUUACCGUCAUAGAAAAGUUUUCUGUCAAGCAAAGACUUCUUCGAAACCUUUCGGCUUCAUCUCUCAACAUCAUUAUCUGCAACCUGCCACGUCUUCACCGCGUCAACUACGAGCCCUGGCUUGGGACAGAUAAGAAGGGUCAGCAAAGACGCGAGAUUGCAAACACGAACUUGUUGCGGUGGGCAGAAUGCCGUUCUACCUUGCGAUCCAUCACCAUUUGGGAGGCCCAGUCUCAAAAGCUUCACAAAAACAAAUGUUACUCGAAACCAUACGACAAUGAACUCACAUCGGCAGCGGUUGAAGCCAGCUUCCAUCUCAAGGCGUUGGCGAUUUCACACGCCACAGACGCAAUGGACUUUUUUCUACGCUUCGAUGAAGCAUCCAAAGCGAUACAAGGCAUCGGAACCCAAUCGAGACUGUCCCUUAGGCAUCUAGCACUCACUUGUCGGCUUCAGAUGCCACCCGAAAGUUCCACAGAGGUGAAUUAUCUGCUCUUCGUGGCAAGUAAAGCGGCCAUGCAGCUGCCGCAUCUGGAGAUCAUGGAAGUAUGGAGCCCGGGAGUAGGUGAAGGGUUCUUUUUCCGGUACGAGGUUAAGAAACGCCAAGCCAAGCUCAUCGUGGGUGCCACUUGGCGAAUCUCAAGAAUGCGAAACUCUGCGGUGUUCAAAGCUUGGCAGCGCGUAGCAGGCCGUCAUGCAGACGACGACCUGAUGUAUGCAUUUGAGAGUAUCAACGCAGGAGAGUUGAAACAGCCAUGGAGUAUCUGCAGACAUUUGAGACUGCGCAAGUCUUUGCGGGAAUAG